AUGAAUUACCAAACAGCACUCUAUGGCAAUAAGUUUGCCGAACUAGUCGCCCAAGACGUCAUCGACGGCACUGGGAUUGCCGCCCUGGUCAGCAGCCUGUAUGUCCCUGAGGAUACUAAGAGGUACGGCGGCUUCGGUCUCAUCUUCAAAGAUGAUUCCAAGUACGACGGCUUUGCAUGGGUGCAGUUCAUUACCCGACAGCUCGUCAUUAAUGGUGCAGCCCAAACUGGGAGCUUGUCCAACAAAACGAGCAAGCCCGCUUACCAGUUGGUAAAGUCUACGGAGGACAUCACAGACUUUACAACUGGCUCGGGGGCGCCAAACUGGAACACUUGCUGGGGAGUGGACUCUAAGCUUACCGACGUUUUCUUCGCCAGCACUCUUGAAUACGUUAGGUCUGAUACCCUCAAACUGAACGGUAUCAUGGACACUCCGAGCGUCUCGAUCGGCAAGAUUCCGAAACCGUAUGACAGGGACUCUUAUCAAGAUGCUCCGGAUGACUUGGUUGAUAUGAAAGAGUUGGCGACUGGCCCAGGCACUUCGGGUGCUUACUUCUCGGACUAUCUUGUGAGGAAGCUCGAUGGGGGUGGACAUCGCAUCUGUGCGCGCUUUGACCUCAGUUUGACCUGGAACGCGAGCGAGGGGGAUAAGAAGAACUUUGAAAUCACCUCUUUGAGCUCUACUGCGACCAACACAUUUCUGAGCUGUCACAGAGCUGCUCUUCAGCACUCGACAAGGCCACUCAAAGAGGGCAGUAUGUCAAAGCAACCUUAUCUGGACUUUCUCAACUCUAUUGUACCGUGA